UGGGGGGGAAAACCUCCACUUUUGCUCUCUGACAUGGUUUGUAAAAAUCGGAUGCCCUAGCUGUACGCACGCGUUCAGUCUUCUUCACUUCAGAGUUCAGAGACUUUCACUUCACUUCUCCCUUGCCUUCUCGCUCUCGCCCUUAGACGAGUCAGACCAGCCAGCCCUCAGAUCUUCACGGCUUCACUUCUUGUUCUCCGCCUCGCACGCGUUCUCGGCGUUCGGCGUUCUCAAUCCACAACUCUAUUAUCCUGGACUUAACCUAAAUCCGUGGAGAAUGGAAGGCAGUGAAAGUGAGGCCAUUUUCGAUUUCCUUAAUCUAAAUCCACGACUCUUCGUCAACGAAGUUCUCAACAUGGUCGACGAUGUUGUAGAUGAUGCUUUCGAUUUCUUCUACCAGGAAGCAUUGGUGAAGCUUAAUUCUGAAGGGACGGAAAGAUCCCAAAAUCUGAGAAAGGGUGUUGAUUGCAUUCGCAACGUGAUUCAGGCAGUUUUGGACAAGAGGCUGGCUAUUUGGGAGAAAUACUGCCUUCGCCACUGUUUUUCUGUUCCCCAAAGUUUUGUUAUGCCAAAGAGCGAUAAUUCAAUUGAGGACGGCUCUAUGGGUAGAGCUCUUUCUGAUCCAGAGAUAGAGUUGCAAUUAAAUUCCCUGAGGGAGGAAUUAACUGAGGUUGGGAAAGAGUCUGAAUUGUUGAAUAAAGAAUUUCAAGCGUUACAAAUGCGGCAUUCUUCUGAGAGUGGGUUGAUCAAUGAGACAUUACAGUUUUAUGAUCAAGACUCCAUGCAUGAGCUAUUUCAGGAGAUAGUGACAACUGCCUCAGAACUUGGAACAAAGGUAGGAAAACUGAAGACUAGAAUGGCUGAACAGACUGAACAAAUGAAUGUAAAGGGGAUUUCCAUCCACAUAGAGAAUUUAUCUGCAACAGAUUAUGCCAAGGGACUGUCAAAUGUGAAGUUUGAAGACCUUCAAGGAUUUUCAACUGUUGUGAAGAAUAUCUGAACUUUAUCAUGUGCCUUUACAUGAGCCUUGUAGUGGAAUGGGGCAAAUACAAUUUAUGGAGAAGCUUUUAUUCUUUUGGUGCUAUGUAGUAGAUUUUUUCCUUUCGACUUAUUUUCUAAUCUGUAAUUAUGAAAUUACUUAUAACUCCAAACUGAAGCUGGUUAGAUAUAAGUCAUAUAUAAUGUAAUAUCACGAUUGUUGUCCUGCUCCAUGAUUGACAGUACAUUAGUCAAUAAAGGAAUAGAUUUUGUGUAACAUGAUAAUAAGGAACAGAACUGUUUAGAAGUUUCAUUGAAGUGCAUGUAUAAAUCAUCAAUUGGAGCUU